UUUAUUACAUUUGUAGUCGGCCGCCGGUAGAGGUUCCGUUCAGUGCGCAGGCAUAGGAGUUCGAAUCUCACCACGCCUCACUCGAUUUGGAGAGACAGACAAACAAUCGUCGUGGGCGAAUAGCCCAUUCUCCAAUUGUCGGUACGUUUCUACGGAUGGACUUUGGGAUAGUAGUCGCGUCGUGAUUGUCAUUUGCAUUAACAGAGUUUGUGGGGUGGUGCCCUUCAGUACUCAAAAUUCACUACGCGUUGCGUGCCGGACAAUUUCAGUGUUUUCGAAUGAUGAUGAUGGACAAUUCCGGUGUAGACUCUGCCAGUGAUCAUAGUAGUCACGCUUCAUCCGGCUCCCCAGCUGUUGCCAUUAAACAGUCUCCAUCUCCCCCGACUAACAACAACAACAACAUCUCCAACCACCACCACCAGCAUCAGGUUCACAGUCCUCAUCAGGCUUCUCCUUUGGGCCCUCCAAUGUCGAUGGCUCACCCUCUAAGUCCUCCACCGGUAUCCAGUGCCUCUCUGGCCAGAAGCAUGGCUUUGAGCCACCUGCCCCCGCCAGGCCUGGGCCUCUUAAACUCCCUUGGGGUGCUGCACAAUCCCUUGGACCUGAUGGCUCAUCAUGGGCCUCCACGCUCUUACAACUCACCGCCACCAAUAUCCACGUCUGAUCCGACAGCUAAUGAGUGCAAACUGGUCGACUAUCGUGGUCAGCAAGUGGCAGCUUUUAUCAUUGCCGGUGACACGAUGCUUUGUCUGCCCCAAGCGUUCGAACUGUUCUUGAAGCAUUUGGUUGGAGGGUUGCACACAGUUUACACUAAGUUGAAGAGACUCGAUAUCGUUCCGCUGGUUUGUAAUGUGGAACAAGUUCGCAUCUUGAGAGGGUUGGGCGCUAUACAGCCAGGUGUCAACAGAUGCAAACUCUUAUCAUGCAAAGACUUUGAUACUCUCUAUAAAGAUUGCACCACUGCCAGUUCCAGGCCCGGCCGACCGCCAAAAAGAGCCCCCGUAGGACUGAGUCUGGCGGCGUCCCAUCUUCAGCACCAGCAGCUGAAGAAGCAGCGAAUGGACAACGGCGAUUAUCCUUACGAGAAUGGACACAUGGGUGAUAUGGCCCGAUUAGAAAAGUCGCCUCUUCUCGCCAAUGGGUACAAUCAUCCUCCUCACUUGAGCCAUAUGCAGUUCAUGCAACUACCGCAUCCAGCUGCUGCACAUUCGGCACUGUUAUCGCCUGCAAUGCCUCACAAUCUCAGCAGGCAUGACGGAUCCAUCAUCAAAAAUCAGGGAAUGCCCACCAUGGAAGCAAUCGCUAGAUCAGGAAUAUGGGAAAAUUGCCGGGCAGCUUAUGAAGACAUAGUAAAACAUCUCGAACGGUUGAGAGAGGAACGAUGCGAUCCAGACAGACCAAUGACUUUAGAUCAGAAACCUAGAGACCUCAGUAGUCCCAGAAAUGGUUCUCCUACAGAUCAUAGUCCAGUUCUGAACUUAUCAAAAAGUGGUGGAGGCAGUGCCGGCUCUUUAGGAGACAACGAUCAUUCUGAAAGUGAAGCAGAUGGUCCCGACGUGCCUCCAUCGCCUCGAUCGCCUCGAUCCGCUGUGGAAGACGAUGAGGAGGACAACAUUUCGGAACCCGAAGAUGAAGAGGAGAAAGAUCAAGAUAUGGAUGAUGGUGAUCUGCCACUGCCAGCAGCGCCUGGUAGCGACUCGCAACAAGCCGCCCUUAAUUACUCGACUCUUGCGAGUGCUGUUGCGAGUGCAAACGGGCCUUUACCCGAUCCCGGUAUAUCUUCGACUGAAACUCUGCUCCGAAAUAUACAGGGUCUGCUCAAAGUGGCGGCCGAUAAUGCCCGACAGCAGGAGCGGCAAAUCAACUACGAAAAAGCCGAACUGAAAAUGGAAGUGCUGAGAGAACGGAACGAAAAAGAUGGUUUGGAGCGGCAACUGCACGACGAGCAAAAAGUUAGGGCCAAUUUCCAAAAACGACUCAGAAGAGAGAAACGCACCAGGAAACGGCUUCAGGAUCAGCUGGAUUUGGAGAUGAACAGAAGAGCACAAUUGGAGGAAGCUCUAAGAAGUGCAGGUGCAUCGGACCAAAUUGAUGCCAUCAAUGAUUCGCUCACUUCACGUGUUUUCUUCAACUGGUUGAUGCCUCUAGAAUCUUCCAGAGAUAGAGAGAAAAUCGCCCAAAUUCAGCUGCAACAACAACAGCAGCUACAGCAGCAUAACCAGCCAGAGCCAAAGGCACAGCAACCCAAAGCUCCAACUCCUAACCAAAUGGUUCCAAUGCAUCAAUCUCCAUUAGCGCCCCCAUCUCACAACAUAAUGCGCCCACCUUCUACCGAGCGGAUUCCUGAACGGGUGGACAGAAUCAAGCAGGAGAUAGAAGAACCUUCGCCACAAUAUGUGAGGGAACUCAGAGAGCCUCCACCGCCUCCACUACCCCAAGAAAAUAAGGUCUGGGGCUACUCCGGCUUGGAUUUGAUUAAUAGUGGCGCCACGUUCUGGCAGAAUUACUCAGAAACUCUGGCCCAAGAAUUGAAAAUCGAACAAAAAUCCCGACAACAACAAGCCGAAAGAGAAGUGAAAUCACCUCUUCAAGAGCGUGCAAGUUACUACAAGAGCCCCGUCAUGUUUACCAGUAGUGCAACGUAAAAAAGCAGAACAUUAGAACGAUGUGCUAAUAAUCGAACUUUUUAAGACAUCAACUACCUGCUGGACGAAUUGUUCAGCUUAUUAAUAAGACUUUUGUAAAAAAAACAAUCGGGAAUUAAGUGCUUGAUCUAGACAAUGUGCAUCAAUCCAAAGCUGCAUUUAUCAGUUUGUGAAUAUUAACGAAACUGUUUAUUAAGGUUUUAGUACCUAGAUAGUGAAAUUGUGCAACCUAUUAAAAAGUAAAAGUAAUUUAGUCCUGCUACUCAACUCUCGCAUACAAUAAGAAGUUUUGAAGCGAUCCUGUGUACAUAGUUCCACUAAUCAGUUAUUCAUGUAUUGUAAAAUAUAUACUUCAGCAGUUUCAAUGUAGAAAUGCAGGCAUAUCAGUAUAGGGUUUUAGUUUAACACCUAGAUAGUCCUAGCGAAAUUUAGAUUAAACUAAAAUCGAUGUAACAUUGAACAACUAUAUUUUCAUUCUACUGUUUGAGACUGACGAUGGCUAGAAGUGGAUGAUUUAGUUUUUAUCGGAAUUUUUGCUUUUGUGUAAAUGCAUUGUUGAUAGGCUUUUUACAAAAAAAAACAUUACAAUUUCUGAGCGCGAAAAACUGUGCUCUGGAAAUAAAUGGUUUCUACAAGACAUAAAAACUUGUUUCGGCUCAACAAAGAUAAUCUACCUAUAAAUCGCCUAGACAUUUCCCAGAAUUAAGUGAAAGAAUCUUUGAUGGCUUUUUGCGUUUUUUUCUUGGAGAAUGCAGUGAUGAUAUUUAUAACAUAAAACCUGGAAUGUGUGUAUUUAUUGUAAAUAUUUGCGUGUGUGUGUGCCUUGCAGAGAAUAAACAUAUAACAUAUUAAUUAA